AUGGGAUGUAGCCUUUCAAAUCGCAGCCAGUCCAGGGGAGCUAACAUUCAUGUUCGCACCAGUGACCCCAGCCAGGCUAACCAAAAAAACUUCCCAUUUCCAGACUGGCUUCAGGCUUUAGGCAAGCCCGCCAUUGAAGGGCGCGUCCCUGAUCUCCCCAGGUCCCCUCCUUCCCCGUCUCUCUUGUCUGAGACUGUGUGGCCUCUACCUCAGGGCAAUCUACAAUUUCAAUUCGUCCUUUUCCCCUCCCUCACCAAAAGCUUCUUCGGCGAUAAGCUGAGACUGUUCGCCACCACUUGCCGAGCUUUGUCCCGGCCAUCCCAACUUUCUUCUCACGUCAACCGUCGCCAAACUUUCACCUCUUGCAAAAAAUCCUCCUCGCUGCACCCAAAGGUUAUCAUCGCCGUCAAGAUGACUGGCCGCCGUGGUCGCCCUUCUCUUGCUCAGAAGGAGAGUAUGGCCUCCACUCGAAGCAACUCCCCUGACCCUCUCUCGGUUGCUGGUACCGGCCGUCUCACUAGAUCUGCAUCGAGCCGUAACCUUGCAGCUGCGGCUCAACCUGUGACUUCGGCUACUUCGACUGCCAAGAGAGGUCGAGGUCGACCCAGCAGAGCCUCCCUGGCCAAUGACUCUGCUUCCUCAACUGCAUCUGCGUCUGCUGCUGCAUCUGCCGACCUCACUUCUGCCAGUGAAGCCUCCACCCCUGCUACCAGCAAUGUUGCUACACCUGCUCCCUCCGUCUCUGGGUCUGGCUAUGUCCCUCUUGUCCUGCCUGCCGCUUUGAGAAACCCCAGGAUUGAAGGAUCUCAGUCUGCAUCCAAGAUCGAGGUUCAUCUUCCCACUUCUGCUGGACUCAACGAGCGUGCUCUGCGUCACAGCCAGUAUUCCAUGCAGCCAGCCAAGCGCAAGGUUGGCGGUGGUUACUACGACGACGAUGAUGAAGAGGAUGAGGAGCCAUCUGAUAACGACCGCGAUGCUCUGGUUGCUCGCCGCCUCCAGAAGGAAGAGAACAAGAAAUCGACUGCCUCCACCAGCCUGUCCGAUGCCGCCCUCGCUCGACAUCUCCAGGAAGAGGAGUACGAGAUGGAUGAGUCUGAUGUCCCCCUUGCCACUGGUCGCAGCCGUCGUGCGACUGCUAUCGCUGCUAAGGCCACGGUAAAGGACAGCGACGCCGACUCCGAAGACGUUCCGCUUGUUUCUCGAUCCAAGCUUGGUGGUCGGGGCCGAGGUAGACCCCCCAAGAAGCAAAAGGUUGUGGUCCCUGAGUCGGAUAACGAGGAUGGAUUCGCAGAUUCGACGGACGACGAGCUCAGCGAUCUCUCGGACAACUUUUCUGAACUUGAGGAUGAUGAUAGCAACAAGAUUCCCAAGAAAGCAAAGGCAAAGGGCAAGGCUAAGCAGCCAGUCAGACGGACUAGAGCUUCCGCUUCGACACUGCCUCCAGCCUCUGAGGGGCUCCCUGAAGACGAUGACGAUGCUUUGUCGAGCCUCGAUAGCGGCGACUUUGACAGCUCGGAAUCUGACGAGGCCGAUAGUGACGGCGGUCUUCAGAGCGCCGUGGCCGCACAGUCCCGGGGUCGCCGCGCCUAUCAACGCGGCUCCAAGCGCCGCGGCAUGCUUGAACGCGCCAGGUUGGAGAACAACCAUCCUGAGCUUCUCACCAUGUGGCAGGACUUGGAGGCGUCUCCCGCCCUCAGGCCCGACAAGAUUGCUCAGCCGCUGCAGAUCUCGCGUCAGCUCAAGCCCUUCCAGCUCGAGGGCGUCUCUUGGAUGAUUGAGAUGGAAAAGACCGACUACAAAGGCGGCCUGUUGGGUGACGAGAUGGGUCUCGGCAAGACCAUCCAGGCGGUAUCCCUCAUCAUGUCCGACUACCCCCAGAAGAAGCCCUCCCUCGUCUUGGUCCCUCCCGUUGCUCUGAUGCAGUGGAAGAGCGAGAUUGAAUCCUACACGGACGGCACCCUCAAGGUCUUUGUCUACCACGGUACUAUGAAGAACGCCAAGAACAUGACCCUGAAGGAGCUCAAGAAGUACAAUGUCAUCAUGAUGUCGUACAAUAGUCUGGAGUCCAUGUACCGGAAGCAGGAGAAAGGCUUUACCCGCGCAGACGGCGUACACAAGGAGAAGAGCUUGAUCCACCAGGUUGACUUCCACCGCAUCAUCCUCGACGAGGCCCAUAGCAUCAAGACCCGUACUACCAUGACGGCGAAGGCUUGCUUUGCUCUGAAGACCUCGUACCGAUGGUGCCUUACCGGAACUCCGCUUCAGAACCGCAUUGGCGAGUUCUUCUCCUUGAUCCGCUUCCUUCAAGUUGCGCCUUUCGCAUCGUACUUGUGCAAGCAGUGCCCCUGUGCCGGCCUGGAUUGGAACCUCGACGACGAUCACCGUUGCCACUCGUGCGGACACGCCGGCAUGCAGCACGUGUCCGUAUUCAACCAGGAGCUCCUCAACCCCAUUCAGAAGUUUGGCAACUUUGGACCGGGCCGCGAAGCCUUUCAGAAGCUCCGCUUGAUGACCGAUCGCAUUAUGCUUCGUCGCCUAAAGAAGGACCACACCAACUCCAUGGAACUCCCCGUCAAGGAGAUCUACGUUGAUCGCCAGUUCUUUGGUGAGGCGGAGAAUGAUUUCGCCAACAGCAUCAUGACCAACGGCCAGCGCAAGUUCGAGACGUACGUCGCCCAGGGUGUCUUGCUCAACAACUACGCCAACAUUUUUGGUCUCAUCAUGCAGAUGCGCCAGGUGGCCGAUCACCCCGAUCUGAUCCUUCGCAAGCAUGGAGAGGGCGGGCAGAACACACUCAUGUGUGGCGUUUGCGAUGAGCCGGCCGAGGAUGCCAUCAGGAGCCGCUGCAAGCACGACUUUUGCCGCGCGUGUGCUAGAAGCUACCUGUUGUCUUCUGCUGAGCCUGACUGCCCCCGCUGCCACAUUGCGCUGGCCAUCGACUUGGAGCAGCCCGAGAUUGAGCAGAAUGAGGCUGAUGUCAAGAAGUCUUCGAUUAUCAAUCGAAUCAAGAUGGAAGAAUGGACUUCUUCCUCCAAGAUUGAGCUUCUCGUCCACGAGCUUCACAAGCUCCGAUCAGACAAUGCUUCGCACAAGUCAAUUAUCUUUUCACAGUUCUCAUCCAUGCUGCAGCUCAUCGAGUGGCGUCUUCGCCGCGCCGGUAUCACCACCGUCAUGCUUGACGGCAGCAUGAGCCCCGCGCAGCGCCAGGCGUCCAUCGACCACUUCAUGACCAAGACGGAGUGCGAGUGCUUCCUCGUCUCUCUCAAGGCCGGUGGAGUCGCGCUCAACCUCACCGAGGCGUCUCGCGUCUUCAUCGUUGACCCUUGGUGGAACCCUGCCGCCGAGUGGCAGUCUGCCGAUCGUUGCCACCGCAUUGGUCAAACCCGCCCCUGCACCAUUACCCGUCUCUGCAUCGAGGACUCGGUCGAGAGCCGCAUGGUGCUGAUUCAGGAGAAGAAGACCAACAUGAUCAACUCCACCGUCAACGCGGACGACAAGGCCAUGGAGUCUCUGAGCCCCGAGGAUAUGCAAUUCCUGGCAGACGGAAAGGACAAGGACAUUGGGACUGUAGUACCCAGCCCCCAUCAUCGGAGUCGGGCGUGCGUCGUUCUCUUCUUCCUACACCCCUUUUCGAUUUGCAAAUAUGGCGUGGUUCACGGAUGGAACACCUUCUGGGUGGUUCUUUGUUUCUCCGUCUGGACAAUAGAUUCAGAAAUUAGGUAUCAGCAAAUAUUGAUCGCAAUGCUAGUGACUAUGAGGAGCCAUAUAGUGCCGUAUAAUCAACUGGCCGGUCAGCAAUGUCAGCACCCAUGGGCCCACGAUCCGCAAACUCCGCACGUGGGCGCUGGGUUACGUAGGGGCCUUGUGUACCAGGGUACGGAGUAUUGGAAAUCCCGGAAAGAUACUCCCAAUGGUUAUUCAAUCCCCACAGGCUUCAGGUGA